AAACAGUUCGACCACUUCGACCCUCGCACACUACAAAACUUCCAUUGAGUGCCCAAAAAUGUGGAGGAGAAGAUUUUGCACCACCACUGCCACCGCCUUAAAAACCAAUAAAUGGGACGCUAUUGUCAUCGGCGGCGGCCACAACGGCCUCACGGCCGCCGCUUACUUAGCUCAGUCAGGUCUCUCGGUUGCCGUCCUCGAACGCCGCCACGUCAUCGGCGGUGCCGCCGUCACUGAAGAAGUCAUUCCUGGCUUCAAAUUCUCCCGUUGCAGUUACCUCCAAAGCCUCCUUCGUCCUUCCAUCAUUAGAGAUUUGGAGUUGCAUAGACAUGGAUUGAAGCUGUUGAAAAGAAGUCCUUCAUCGUUUACGCCGUGUUUGGAUGGGCGCUAUCUUUUAUUAGGUCCCGAUGCUGAGCUUAAUCAUUCCGAGAUUUCUAAGUUUUCGCAACGGGAUGCCGAUGCUUAUCCGAGGUAUGAGAAGCAGCUGGAGAAAUUUUGCAAGUUCAUGGAUCCACUAAUAGAUUCAUCACCACCUGAAGCACACCAAGGUGUUUCAUCUUUUAAUUCCCGGUUGAAACAUAAGUUACAGAAAUCGGAAUUUUGGGCGCAUUGUUUGCAUCAGUCUGUCUCCAUGGGCCAACAGGGGUUGGUGGAUUUCAUGGACCUUCUACUGUCACCGGCAUCUAAGGUGUUAAAUAACUGGUUUGAGAGUGAGGUUUUGAAGGCAACACUUGCUACAGAUGCAGUGAUAGGAACCACUGCAAGUGCCCACACACCAGGGAGUGGAUAUGUUCUGCUACAUCAUGUAAUGGGAGAAACUGAUGGUGACCGUGGAAUUUGGUCGUAUGUUGAAGGUGGAAUGGGCUCGGUGUCUUUGGCUAUUGCAAAUGCUGCUAAGGAAGCUGGUGCCUCCAUAUUUACCAACACAGUGGUAUCAAAUCUGAUGGUUGAUGAUUCGGGCACAGUAACUGGGGUAGUUUUGGGUGAUGGGACACAGGUUCAUUCUUCAGUUGUAUUGUCAAAUGCUACUCCAUACAAAACUUUCAUGGAAUUAGUACCUGAGAAUGUUCUCCCAGAUGAUUUUACCCGUGCUGUUAAGCACACUGACUAUAGCUCGGCAACCACUAAAAUCAACUUAGCAGUUGACAAAUUACCGCAGUUUAAGUGCUGCGAUAUUAGUUACCCUGAAGCUGGUCCUCAGCAUAUGGGUACCAUUCACAUUGGUUCUGAGAGUAUAGAGGAGAUUGACUCUGCAUGCCUGGAUGCAAUGAAUGGAUUGCCAUCAAAGAGGCCUAUUAUUGAAAUGACAAUUCCUUCAGUCUUAGACAAGACUAUAUCUCCACCGGGCAAGCAUGUUAUCAAUUUGUUUGUUCAGUUUACGCCAUAUAAACCUGAUGACGGCAACUGGGCCGAUCCUGCAUACAGAGAAUCAUUUGCGCAAAGAUGCUUCGCGUUAAUUGAUGAGUAUGCCCCUGGCUUCAGCUCCUCAGUUAUUGGCUAUGACAUGUUGACUCCACCAGAUCUUGAAAAGAUAAUUGGUCUCACAGGAGGGAAUAUCUUCCAUGGUGCAAUGGGGUUGGAUUCUCUUUUUCUGAUGAGACCUGUAAAAGGAUGGUCAAAUUAUAGAACACCUCUGCGAGGAUUGUAUCUCUGCGGGAGUGGAGCACAUCCUGGUGGUGGUGUCAUGGGUGCGCCAGGACGCAACGCGGCUCGUGUAGUUAUAGAUGACAUUAAAGGCUAGAUGGCAUUUCUUGAAACGUCACGAUCGUUAUCAUAUGGUUUUGAAGUAUCAUCGAUAGGGUUCAGAACGCAUUUCUUUGAUCUAUGUCAAAGGUCAUCUGUUGUAUGUGAAUCAAGUCAUUUCAGCCAGCUAACCGUUGCCCAAUUUCUAUUGAUAUUCUUUUGUAACAAAGACAUUCUUUGGAAAAAAAAAUGGAGCCGUUGGCAAUUGCAGGUUGUCUUGUGUAGUUGUGUAGGGGUUCUAGAAAGUUCUGAAAUCGGGGUUUAGUAUAUUUUUUAAAUAUACAUAACUUAUACUUUUCGACUUUUGUAAACUGAAAAAUUAUUAUUUUUCAUUGAAGUGAAACUAUUAUACA